CAGCCUAUUGUUGUAGCUGCCUCGACCGAGACCUGAAGUAAAAUGGGUGUCCGAACUAAGACCGUAAAGAAGUCCGCUCGGACGAUCGUGGAGAAGUACUAUCCCCGCCUGACCGUGGACUUCCACACCAACAAGCGUAUCAUUGAUGAUGUAGCUAUUCUGCCUUCCAAGCGCAUGCGCAACAAGAUCGCUGGAUACACAACGCAUCUGAUGCGCCGUAUUGCCAAGGGACCCGUCCGUGGUAUUUCGCUGAAGCUACAGGAGGAAGAACGUGAACGACGAUUGGACUUCGUUCCGGAAGUUUCCGCCUUGGAACAAGAGACUAUUCAAAUUGAUCCGGACACACGAGACUUGCUCGAAAGUCUGGGAUACGGAAAGCUGAAUGGUGUUGCCGUCAACCAAGCACACACCCGUGACUAAAGCAUUAGCAAUUAUCUUGCAUUUUC